AUGAGCAAGAAAGAGGCAAAGAAGCGAGCCGCUAAACUGGAGAAGUUGCACCGUAAACAGGAACGAGAAGAAGCCACAUCAUCUUGUCUUUCUCUGGAGGAGGAUGAAUCGUCUUCCAGCAACUACGGUGACGUGACUCUUAGCGAGUUUCAGCCGGCUGUUGAGGGAAAAGAGCUCACUAAUGUGAGCAACUUGGUUGAAGAGAUUGUGGGGGAAAGUGGAUUCACAGUUCAAUGCAUGGUGAAGGAGGCCAGAGUCGGUGCAAACAUGGUUAAAUUUGUCAAGCAGCUGAGUCGUGAAUCCGUUGUUGAGCUUAUCGGUGUCGUCUCUCCCCCUAAGGACCCUCUCACAGGAACCACUCAGCAGGUUGAAAUACAUGUCAGAAAACUGUACUGCCUCAGCAGAUCCUCGCUAAAUUUACCACUUGUUGUGGAGGAUGCUGCUCGAAGUGAAGCAGAUAUUGAAAACUCUGUAAAAAAUGGUAAACCAGCUGCUCGUGUCCUUCAGGACACACGUUUGAAUAAUAGGGUUAUUGAGAUGAGAACACCGGCUAAUCAAGCCAUCUUCCGUAUUCAGGGCCAAGUCCAAACUGGGUUUCUUGAAAUCCACACACCCAAAGUGAAUGCUGGCAGUAGUGAAGGAGGCUCUGCUGUAUUUGGGUUGGACUACAAAGGGCAGCCUGCUUGUCUGGCUCAGUCUCCUCAGCUUUAUAAGCAGAUGGCGAUAUGUUGUGACAUGCGACAAGUCUUUGAGGUUGGUUCUGUUUUCAGAGCUGAAGACUCCUUCACUCAUAGACACCUGUGUGAAUUCGUUGGUCUUGAUGUGGAGAUGGAGAUUCGAAGGCACUACUCUGAGAUAAUGGAUCUUGUGGGGGAGUUGUUUCCGUUCAUAUUCACAAAAAUAGAAGAAAGGUGCCCAAAGGAACUUGAAUCUGUCAGAAAGCAAUACCCAUUUCAAUCUUUGAAGUUUCUUCCGCAAACAUUGAGGCUAACCUUUGCAGAAGGGAUUCAAAUGCUUAAGGAAGCUGGCGAGGAGGUUGAUCCUCUUGGUGAUCAAAAUCUGAGAGGAAACUUGGGCAGCUUGUUCUGGAAAAGUACAAGAAGGAGUUCUACAUGCUGCAUCGCUAUCCAUCGG